UUUGCAAAUUGUAAUUUUCGCUUUGCCUGUUUUUCGGUUUAGUUUAUGUUUUUAAAUAAUUAAAUUUAAAUAAAAGCAUGUCCGCGGAGUCAUCAGCCAUGGACACUACCGAGAGCAGUGAAAACCAAGCGAAGGAUGUCCGCGAGGCACUUGUGGAGGUGGAAAAACCAGCAGGGUCGCCGGCGGGACUAGCACUAAAUUCGGAUUCUACAGUGCCGGAGGAAAUUAAAGGAAAAGCCGCAGAGGAUGUGGACAUGGAGGACCUGACGCUUGAGGAUCCAGCUCCGAGUGGCCAAAUGGAAGCAACAGAAUCCAACAACAAGCCCAAGGAAGUUGUCAGGGAAGCUGAGGAAACUAAGGAGGGGGGUAAGGAUGGGGAGGACUCCAAGGAAGAGGGCAAGGAAAGUAUCAGUAUCGAUAUUGCCAGCAGUCCAGUGCCCGAAGAUGAGCCAAAAAAUGCAGAAAACGAUACCGAUAAGCCUCCCCUGGAAGUUGAUUCGGACAGCAGUGUCGAGCUCAUCGAGAGCCCUGUAAAGUCCCCCUCCUCCAACGAAAGUGCGGUGGAUCUGCCCAAAUCAGAUGAAGUUGAUGCAGCUACAGAGUCUAAGGCCAAGGAGACUGAUGAACUGGCGGACAGCAGCAUCGAACUGAUCAGCAGUCCCACAUCCGAGAGUUCUCCCGAAAAAGAUGCAGAAGCCAAGGAGCAAAAGGAGCAGCAAGAGCAAGAAGACCCGGAGCCCAAAGAGAAGUCAGAGCCUUGCAUCAUGGAAGUAGACCAGGAUGUUAACUCCACCUCAGAUCAAUCGGAUACAGCUGGGGAAGAGGAGUCUAAAAAAACAACAUCCAUGGAAAUCGAUCAACCCAGUGCAGAUAAAAAAGAUGACAUCCUGGAGGUGGAGCUGGAAAAGGCCACAGGUGCAAAAGCUGCUGAGGACGAGCUGCUGCAAGAAUUGCCUUCGGAUGGAGACAUAUUCUACGGCAAGGACUGCGUCAACUGCAACUGCAAGAGGCUUCACAAGCAGUUCGUGCUGAGCAGCAUGGGAACACUGAAUUUCUACAAGGUUCAGCGAAAGAGAUCCAAGCAGCAGUUCCUCUGCAUGGGAUGCCACGACACCGCCAUGGACUUGUACGAGGAGUAUGCGGGUCAUCUGGUAGAGAAACAGCCGUUGUUGCUGAAGGAUUUCCAACAGGAUCACGCCGACUUUGUGGCUCUAGACAGCAGCGAUGAGGAGGAAGACGAAAAGCAGCCAGAUCAAACGGAAUUCUCUAAGGACCAGCUGCAAUUAAUUGAGGAUGACCUGGAGGAUGCCAUAAAGAGUGUGCUGAACAGAGUGGAGUUUCAGACCCAGAUAUCCUGGUCGAAGACUAUUCUGCAGGCCAAGGCGGACCGCUUGGAGCGACAGAUGGCACUGGCAGAGGCGGAACUCGAAAAGGUCCAGAGCACCGCAGAUAAGAUGCACUGUGCCCUGUACAAUUCCUGCCCGGUGGUGCACAAAAAUCUGCCUCCCUUGGAGAUCGAGGCCAGUGUGGGUGACUAUGUGCAACAAGUGCCGCCUGCUGGCGAAAUAGUGCGUCCGCCAAUCCAAAUAGGCGAGACCUACUACGCCGUGAAGAACAAGGCCAUUGCCAGCUGGGUGUCCAUCAAGGUGAUCGAGUUCUCCGAGAGCACCUCCAUAAACGGCAACACCAUGAAGAGCUACAAGAUCAGGUACCUCAACACGCCCUACCAGAUGAUGAAGACGGUGACGGCCAAGCACAUUGCCUACUUUGAGCCGCCGCCAGUGCGUUUGACCAUUGGCACCCGCGUGAUCGCUUUCUUCGACGGCACCACUUUGUCACGGGGCAAGGAGAAGGGCGUGGUGCAAAGCGCCUUCUAUCCGGGCAUCAUCGCCGAGCCGCUGAAGCAGGCCAACCGCUUCCGCUACCUCAUAUUCUACGACGAUGGCUACACACAGUAUGUUCCGCACCGGGAUGUACGCCUCGUUUGCCAGGCCUCCGAGAAGGUGUGGGAGGACGUACACGCCGGUUCGCGCGAUUUCAUCCAGAAGUACGUGGAGAAGUACUCCGUGGAUCGGCCCAUGGUGCAGUGCACCCGCGGUCAGAGCAUGAACACCGAGUCGAAUGGAACCUGGUUGUACGCCCGCGUCAUCGACAUCGAUUGCAGUUUGGUUCUGAUGCAGUUCGAGGGCGACAAGAACCACACGGAGUGGAUCUACAGGGGUUCCUUGCGCCUGGGCCCCGUCUUCAAGGAAACCCAAAACACCAUGAACAGUUCCAGCUCACAGCAGAUGCGUGUUCCAAGGCGCACGGAGCCCUUCAUCCGCUACACCAAGGAGAUGGAGUCCAGCAGCCAGGUCAACCAGCAGAUGCGAGCCAUCGCCCGUAAGAGCAGCUCCUCCGGGCAGAAUGUGGCUCACACAACACCCGCUUCCUCGCCAGCCACCUUCGCCGGUGGACGCAACACGGCCAGCACUAGCGCCAACGCCAGUGCCGUGAAGCACCUCAACAACUCGACCAUCUACGUGGACGAUGAAAACAGGCCCAAGGGACAUGUUGUUUACUUCACCGCCAAGCGGAAUCUGCCUCCCAAAAUGUACAAGAGCCAUGAGUGCAACCCCAACUGCCUGUUCAAGAUCGUCCACCGCCUGGACAGCUACAGUCCGCUGGCCAAGCCGCUGCUUUCCGGCUGGGAGCGACUUGUGCUGCGCCAGAAGACCAAGAAGUGCGUGGUGUACAGGGGGCCGUGUGGGAAGAGCUUGCGCAACCUGGCCGAGGUUCACAUGUAUCUACGUUCCACCGAGAACGUGCUGAACGUGGACAACUUCGACUUUACGCCCGACUUAAAGUGUCUGGCUGAGUAUUCCAUCGACCCCUCCAUCGUGAAAGACACGGACAUAUCCAAGGGGCAGGAGAAGAUGGCCAUUCCGCUGGUUAACUACUACGACAACACUCUUCCUCCACCCUGCACCUACGCCAAACAGCGGAUACCCACGGAAGGGGUUCAUUUGAAUCUGGACCCAGAGUUUCUGCUUUGCUGCGACUGCGAGGAUGACUGCUCGGACAAGUCCAGGUGCGCCUGCUGGCAGCUCACCGUGGCAGGCGUGAGGUACUGCAACCCGAAGAAGCCCAUCGAGGAGAUCGGCUACCAGUACAAGCGGCUCCACGAGCACGUGCCCACCGGCAUCUACGAGUGUAACUCGCGCUGCAAGUGCAAGAAGAAUUGCCUCAACCGGGUGGUGCAGUUCUCGCUGGAGAUGAAGCUGCAGGUGUUCAAGACCUCCAAUCGGGGAUGGGGCCUGCGCUGCGUGAACGACAUCCCCAAGGGCGCCUUCAUCUGCAUCUACGCCGGCCACCUGCUCACGGAAACGAUGGCUAAUGAGGGCGGUCAGGACGCCGGGGACGAGUACUUUGCCGAUCUGGAUUACAUCGAGGUGGCGGAGCAACUCAAGGAGGGCUACGAGUCGGAGGUGGACCACUCGGAGCCGGAUCCGGAGGACGACAAUGGCGGUCCCGACGCCGAAGACGAUGACGACUUUCGGCCGAACUACCACUACCAGCGAAAGAUCAAGCGAACCUCCAGGAGCAACUCCACGCAGAGCAACGAGGUGGACUCGCAGGAGCGGGCUGUGAUCAACUUCAACCCCAACGCCGAUCUUGACGAGACGGUGCGCGAGAACUCGGUGCGGAGGCUUUUCGGCAAGGACGAGGCGCCGUACAUCAUGGAUGCCAAGACGACGGGCAACCUGGGACGCUACUUCAACCACUCGUGCAACCCCAAUCUCUUCGUGCAGAACGUGUUUGUGGACACCCACGACCUGCGAUUCCCCUGGGUGGCCUUCUUUUCGGCCUCGCACAUCCGGUCCGGCACCGAGCUGACCUGGAACUACAACUACGAGGUGGGCGUGGUGCCCGGCAAGGUGCUGUAUUGCCAGUGCGGCGCCCCCAACUGUCGCAUCCGUUUGCUCUAAGGUCUGAAACUAAGUUAAAGCUAAAAGUGAAAUCUCCCAUUAAAAACCAUUUGAAAUCCAA